AUGCUUACUUGCACUGUUCGCUACCUUUCGCUUUCCCUCUCACUUACGCUGGUAGCUGUUUAUGGUUACCACACUCGAGAGGCUCGCUUGUCUCUUUGGAGAAAUCUUUGUGAUUUGGCAGAGCAAAUUUCUGGGCCUUGGUUGGUAGGCGGGGAUUUUAAUGUGAUAAAAAAUUUAUCUGAAUAUAAAGGGAAUGGUACUCCUAAUUUAAAUGGCAUGCAAGAUUUUAGUACCUGCUCUGAUAGUUGUGAACUGAUUGAUAUUCCCUUUACUGGAUGCUCUUUUACUUGGACUGGAGUUCGCAGAAAUGGGCGUGUCUGGAAGAGGCUUGAUCGUUUUCUUGCAAAUGUUUCUUUUUAUGACUUUUUUGAUGACAUUGCUUUGAGACAUUUGGGGAAAUCUACUUCAGACCAUUCUCCGUUAUUAUUAAAAUGCAAGGCUACAUCAUUCAAUGCGCCAAAAACUUUUAAAUUUCAGCCUAUGUGGUUGUCACAUGAGUCCUUUAUUCCGCUAGUUAAGGAUAACUGGUCUUCUUCUUUUCAUGGAGGUGGCAUGAGAGCUUUAUUCAUUAAAUUAAAAAAAUUAAAAUUUGCCAUUCGUACUUGGAACUCGGAGGUGUUUGGUAACAUUUUUGAUAACAUCUCCAAGGCAGAAAAAUAUGCGGAGGAGGCUGAAAAUGCUUUUCAUAAGGAUCCUUCAUCGAUAAAUAGGACUACUUGGAAUAAAAGACAAGCUGAUUUAAUUUAA